AUGCCGAACAGUCGCCGCGAUAUCUUGGCUGGCGCGUUCGCGGCGUUUCUUUUUGGCGGCAACUUAUCGCUCACAACACCGCAACAGUUUGCGUACGCGUAUUCCGAGGAAUACGAAAAAGACACCUUAGAUUUGCUCGCAAAGACCAAGGCGUUUAUCGCCAAGCAAAACUAUUACGAGGACGUGUACGAGUCGUACGCGAAGUGGAACACGAAAUACAGCGUUCCUGGCGCGGUGGAUACGAAGAGAUUUGGCAAGAGUUUUCUUUUAACGACAAAGAUUUUCAGCUUGGUGAAAGGCGGAAACAUCGAGGGCUUGGAACAAAAAGCGAACGAGUGGGUGAACGUCGCCUCCGCCUUAACCGACGGAACGUUAAGCGGCAAAGAGGCGAGAGAUACCUAUGGAAAUUUGGUCUGGGCAAAUAACGAUAAGUCUGAUCCGAAGAACAGAAUCGGUCUGUGCGCGUUUGGCGAAACCGCGGGAACGAAGUUCUUCAAUAUUAACUGCGAUGGAUUUUAG